UAUAGUGGAUGAACAUAAAAUCUAAUCUGAGCCUGGAGCUGUUAACAUAGUGUCAAGUGCCAAGGAGAAUUUUGCCUGAGGUUAGUGAUGUCAAAGCAAAAUCCAAUCUAAGCACCGAGCUGUUAAAUUCUGAGCAUGCUAUAUGCUAACAUAUAAUCCAAUCUCAAUCUAGCAAUGGGGUUCACAGUCCAGUGACUUCUGUGCCGGUCCCAAGCCUGGAUAAAUAGAGAGGGUUGCGUCAGGAAAGGCAUCCGGCGUAAAAUAUUGCCAAAUAUAAUCAUGCGAAUCGUCAAUACUCUGAAUUUCAUACCGGAUCGGUCGAGGCCUGGGUUAACAACGACCGCCAUCAGCGCCGUUGACCUAACAAGUAAAUCUUCUUAGUAGUAAGAAGUAGAGGAGGGAGGAAAGUGCAUAGACAGAGAGAGAAGAGGAAAGGUAAGAGUGUAGGACUGAGAAUAGGAACUCUAAAUGUUGGUACUAUGACAGGGAAAGGUAGAGCAGGUGGAAGGGUAGCAAGGCUCGUAGUAUAGGAGCAGGAUUCAAUUUGUUUUAUUAUGGUGUGGAUAGUAAGAGAAAUGGGGUAGGUGUGGUCCUGAAGGAGGAGUUUGUGAGGAAUGUUUUGGAGGUGAAGAGUGUCAGACAGGGUGAUGAGUCUGAAGUUAGAGGUUGAAGGGGUGAUGUUGAAUGUUAGUCGUUAUGCCCCACAGGUAGGUUGUGAGUUAGAGGAGAAAGAGAGAUUCUGGAGUGAAUUAGAUGAGGUGAUAGAGAGUAUUCCCACGGGUGAGAGAGUAACGAUAGGAGCAGAUUUUAAUGGACAUGUUGGUGAGGGGAACACAGGUGAUGAGGAGGUGAUGGGCAAGUUUGGAGUUAAGGAAAAGAACCUUGAAGGACAGAUGGUAGUGGACUUUGCUAAGAGGAUGGACAUGGCUGUGGUUAACACUUAUUUUCAGAAGAGGGAGGAGCUUAGAGUGACUUACAAGAGUGGAGGUAGGAGCACACAGGUAGACUACAUCCUAUGUAGAAGAGGCAAUCUGAAAGAGAUUAGUGACUGUAAAGUGGUAGUGGGAGAGAGUGUAGCCAGACAGCAUAGGAUGGUGGUGUGUAGGAUGACUUUGAUGGUCUGUAAGAAGAAGAAGUCAAAGAUAGAGAUGGAGAAACCAAGUGGUGAAAGCUGAAAAAGGAGGAAUGUUGUGAGGAAUUUAGACAGAAGUUGAGGCAGGCUCUGGGUGGUCAGGUAGUGCUGCCAGAUGACUGGGAAACUACAGCAGAAGUGAUCAGGGAGACAGGAAGAAAUGUGCUGGGUAUAUCAUCUGGAAGGUGGAAAGAAGAUAAGGAGACAGUGGUGGAAUGAGGAAGUUCAGGAUAGUAUUCAGAGGAAGAGGUUAGCCAAGAAAAAGUGGGACAUGGACAGGACUGAAGAGAAUAGACAGGAAUACAAGGAGUUACAGCGCAGAAUGAAGAGGGAGGUGUCUAAGGCCAAGCAGAAGGCAUAUAACGAGUUGUACACUAGGUUAGACACUAGAGAAGGAGAAAAGGACUUGUACAGGUUAGCUAAGCAGAGGGAUUGAGAUGGGAAGGAUGUGCAGCAAGUUAGAGUUAUUAAGGAUAGAGAUGGAAAGGUGCUCACAAGUGAGGAGAGUGUAUGGAGGAGAUGGAAGGAGUACUUUGAAGAGCUGAUGAAUGAAGAAAAUGAGAGGGACAAAAGAGUAAAAGGGGUGAACUCUGUGGAACAGAAAGUAGAUAAGAUUAUAAAAGGAUGAAGUCAGGAAGGCUUUGAAGAGGAUGAAAAGUGGAAAGGCUGGAGAAGUGGAGGUUUGCACUGGAGAGAAGAGGAAUAAAAGUCAGUUGUAGUCAGUAAGACUGAGUACAUGUGUGUGAAUGAAAGGGAGGGAAGUGAAUCUAAUCCAAACAUAAAAUCCAAUCCAAAUAUAGAGCUGAUAAAAUGAAGUCCAAUCUAAGCAUAUAGCUUUUCAAAGCUCAGCGCUUGUGGAAUGGAUGAACGAAUGUCACCUAAGUUGUGAUCAGAUGGAGGAUAAUUAAAGAGAACUGGGAUAAACAUCAGCCAAUCAGUGUGAGAUGAAAUUAGUGGGUGGGGCCACCAGACUCAUAACAAUGCUGUUUGAGUUGGAAUAAAGUCGUUGGCAUGUCCUAGCCAAGCGGCUGUGGAUUUGUAGCAGUGGCAUGUAGCCAGACUAAAAGCAGGCACAGCUGAAAGGGAAGGGUUACGCUGGUCAUUAAUUGUUCAGCGCACAUUCCUCCACAUGCUACGUCAUUUAUUAAUGACUGUGGAGCGUGUUCAGUUUCACUGUGCACUGCAGACACGGCGUUACAGCUCCCAGGCUCCCACUCCGAGGAUUAAAAUUACAAUACACAAACAUCUGCAUGAGAAAAUGAGUUCACCCCGAGCCGCGUGCUGUCCUAACAAUGCGUCAUUUCAAACGCCACAGGACCAAAGCCUCAGGCGGAUGGACGUCUUCGUCUCACGGUCCUGGAGACGGAUGGGACACGGUGUCCAGUAGAGACGAACGCGACUGCUUCAUCGAUCACGUCUCCCAGCCAAGUUCUCUGGAGGAAGUGCGUCUCGGGCUGGAGGGCGAUAAGUUAGCACCUCGGAAAGUUGAAAUGAGACGAGACCCAGUUUUAGGCUUUGGCUUUGUGGCAGGAAGUGAAAAGCCUGUCGUAGUUCGUUCUGUCACGCCAGGUAGAGGUCCAUCUGAGGGAAAGCUGAUACCUGGAGAUGAAAUCAUUAUGAUCAACGAUGAACCAGUCAGCAGCGCUCCUCGAGAGCGAGUGAUCGACCUGGUCAGGAGCUGUAAGGAGGCCAUUGUAUUGACGGUCAUCCAGCCGUACCCUUCACCCAAGUCUGCCUUCAUGAGUGCUGCCAAAAAGGCAAAGCUGAAAUCAAACCCGGUAAAAGUCAGAUUUGCUGAAGAGGUCAUUGUUAACGGUCAAAUACCUGAAACAGUGAAGGACAAUUCACUUCUCUUCAUGCCAAAUGUUCUGAAAGUGUACCUCGAAAACGGCCAGACGAAAUCAUUCAAGUUUGAUGCCAACACCUCAAUAAAGGACGUCCUACUGACACUGCAGGAGAAGCUGUCUAUUAAAAGCAUUGAGCAUUUUUCUUUGAUGUUGGAGCAGAAGAUGGAAAACUCUAACACGAAGUUGGUGCUCCUGCAUGAGCAAGACAUGCUAAGCCGGGUGACUCAGCGUCCUGGCUCUCACAAGAUGAGGUGUUUAUUUCGCAUUGCUUUUGUACCAAGGGAUCCAGUGGACCUUCUCCGUCGUGACCCUGUGACCUUUGAGUAUCUCUAUGUGCAGAGCUGUAAGGAUGUCGUUCAGGAGCGUUUCGGUUCAGAGCUGAAAUAUGACACAGCUCUUCGUCUCGCCGCUCUCCAGAUGUACAUCCUUACGAUCAGCACCAAACAAACUCAGAAAGUCUCCCUGAAAUACAUUGAGAAGGAGUGGGGCUUGGCUCUGUUUCUUCCUCCAGCAGUUCUGUCCAGCAUGAAAGAGAAAAACAUCAAGAAGGCAAUCGCACACAUUCUGAAGACAAAUCAGAACCUGGUGGCUCCUGGGAAAAAGUUGACAGCACUUCAGGCCAAAGUUCACUACCUGAAGUAUCUGAGUGACUUGAGACUGUAUGGAGGAAGAGUGUUUAAGUCCACACUGCUUCAAGCAGAGAAACACACAGAAGUAACACUUCUAGUUGGGCCACGACAUGGAAUUAGCCACGUCAUCAACACCAAAACUAACAUGGUGGCCCUGCUGGCCGACUUCAGCCACGUUAACCGUAUCGAGAUGUACACAGAGGAUGAGAAGAACGUCAGAGUAGAGCUCCACGUGCUUGACGUGAAGCCCAUCAUCCUAAUAAUGGAGUCCAGUGAUGCAAUGAAUCUGGCAUGUCUUACUGCGGGUUACUACAGACUGCUGGUGGAUUCACGGCGCUCCAUCUUUAACAUGGUCAACAGCACAUCUGGCCAUGAUUCCCGGGAAAAGCACAACUUUCAAGCGAUUGAGUGGAACUAUGGUUCCUGUACUGGGUGUGAGGACCACAGUGGCAGGAUCUCAGAGCCAGACCCCACACCCAUGUAUAUUACUGAGCUCCACCAAGCACAUCGUGCAAGCAGGGGCACCUGUAUGCAAACUGCCACCCACACACAACCCUAUUUCAGGGGAAAACCUGACGAGUCAACCAAGAGCGCCAAGGUGUCUUUUAUAUUCGGAGACGCUCCAUUGGCUAGCAUGAAUCCCCAGCAUUUGGGGUACCAAAGGUUGAUGGAGGACAUUCCGGAGGUUUUGGACGAUCAGCGGCCACUUUAUCUGCAUCAGGAUGACUAUAAACCCUUGGAUUCUUGUUUGGAUAUGGAUGGCUUCCAGUAUGGGAAUCACAUGGUCUACGGAGAUGGGAAAAUGUUUGGUACGACUGAGGGAAUCGAGGAGCCGCUCCUGCAUGAUAUCUGCUAUGCCGAAACCACAGACGAUGCCGAGGACGAAGAUGACAUUAGCUGUGAGGAUGACAUGUCGAUGAUGGCGAUGGCGGAUUCUCGAGAAAGGGCUCUGUCGCUGCUUUCCCUGUCGGAAUCUAGCGAUGACAUCAUCGACUUGACUUCUCUUCCACCGCCACCAGAGGGGAAUGAUGUAGAAGACAAUGACGUGCUUUUGCAGUCGCUAAAUUUAGCCAUUGCAGCUCCACCACCAGGAUUCAGGGACAGCUCAGAUGAAGAUGAGCACCAAGGAGAACAAAUGAAAAGAAACUUGGACAUCCCGGUGUCACUAAUUGACUCUGUGCCCAUGAACGUGGACAGAGGGACAGAGGAGGUGUUGGAUGAUGCUGUCGUUUCCACACUGCAAGCACUAGAAGCUUUGGCAGCCUCUGAGGAUCAGUCUCACCCACAAUCUGACAGUAAUUCAGGUGUAGAAAUAUCUCGAUCCUAUAGUCCUGAGUCUGCUUCAGAUUCUGGAAAUGAGACAAAUUCCUCAGAAAUGACAGAGAGCUCAGAGCUGGCAGCGGCUCAGAAACUCUCAGACAAUCCACUGAAAAUGUUCGUGGCCACGGCUGAAGGGUAUCAGACGCUGGACGCAGAGAAAACAGAGUUUCGUUUGAGGGCCACGUCAAGAAACCAGGAGGAAGAACUGAAGUCCACAGCUGUAGCUUCAUGUCAGGCCCUCCACUCAGACCACUUGGAGAUGGAACCUGAAACAAUGGAGACCAAAUCGCUGUCAGAUUACUUCAACAAAAUGCACAUGGAUGCCAUGAUGGGCAAGAGACUAGGAAAAGUUGAUGAGGCAGACUGCAGAUCAGGAAUCGCUAGCAAAAAUGAAUCAGUGCAGAUUAAGGCAGUUGGCUCUAACAUGGAGGAUGUUGUUGGGAGAUACAACAAUGCCAGUUCCAGAGAACCUCUUCACACAGGGUUUGACCUUCAAAGGACACCUUUUCCAUUUCAGGACAAGAAUGUACGAUCACAGCAGAUCCAGAACUAUAAAGCAGAGGAGCAUGUUUACUCCAAGACACCAAAGUGUGGCAGCUCUAACACCACAGCUCCGAGUAAUCUCAGAGGAUCCCUGAUGGACCUGAACACUCGGACCACUGCAGAAGAGGCUUACUUAAUCCAGCAAGACACACAUGAGCAGCAAAGUAAAAUACCAGCAUCCGAGAAGGAAGUGACGCGAUUGUACGAGUACCACUUGCCCAAGAGGAUGUCCUCACUCCAGAGCGAAGGGAUUCAUUCCCUGCAGAGUUCACAGUGCUCAUCCAUCGACGCAGGGUGCAGCACCGGAAGCAGCAGCUGUGUGACGCCAAUGGAUUCUCCACUCUGCACUGCCGAGAACAUCCAACUUAUCACUGAAUCUUCUUUGAAAGGCCUCGGAUACCCGCCCACAGAAGAAAAAGGCUACAGUCAAAGUCCACAUCGCAAACUCGUGCAUCAGACUUUAGAUCCCACGUUUUUACGAAAGCACCAUGCAACGCCUGGUACAGAGUUGAGCACGGGACGUGAAGGAUGCCAGAGGAUGGCCAAGAUCAGAGAAACGACAGUGUAGUGUCCUGAUGCUGGAGCUGAAAUAGAAGGCUUGUCAUUUACACGCACCACAUCUACACCGAUCCUGACCAUUCAUGCAUGGCACAGACUCUUCCGUGCCAAAACCAGAGGUCGGUCGAGGUCUUCCCCUUCUUGGACUGACUCUCUGGUUGCCUCAGGAAGGCAGAGAUGGAAUUUCCCUGGAACUUCCACGAAAAGCAGUGGCAAAAAGGUCAUUUUUUUCAUGGAAGGUAUUUUGGCUCAGGGAGCUUUGUUGGACCUUUUAAAAGAACUUAAAAGUGAGUGCAAGUCUGGUGAGAAAACCCUGCAGUCAGGCCAAGACAUGCCAUGAUUUACCUGUGCUGAUUAAUCAGACAGGAUUAUGCAGGAAAGUCUAUCCAGCUCACACAACAUACACAACGUACACAAUGUACACAACAUACCCGCUGACACGUAUUAACCACCUGCCCAUCCUGUACUGUUUUGCAUUUUGUAGUAAGAAAAGGAGAUCAUGGCGUGCUAUAACACACUGGCUGACAUUAUACUGUACUAGUUUCAGCCCAGAACAAGAGUAGAAGAAUUCUUUGGUCAUGGGUGAGUGUAUAAUCUCACCAACAGCAAAUUUAUCAUGUCAAAGUUGUGUUGUAAGAAAGUCUGAGUGCUGCUACAGCUCAUGUGCUCUCUCCUCUUUCUCCAUCUAGAUAACUGUAGGCAGCUAUGAGUUGUGGCAUGUGGAAGAGGGCAGAUAGCACUUGUCUUGCUCUGCCCUGUGAUGCAGUAGUUGUAAAGAAGCACGUGUCUCAGAGGAAGCAUGUGUUAUGCUUGAUGAUAAAGGAGAGUUGGCUGGUGGGUGAAAAUCACCAGAAGUGUGACCACCAGUCAGUUCUUAGGCCACCGAUCUCAGCUCACGACCAAAGAAUUCUUUUACAAACGCUGGGAUUCAGAAAGGGAACUCACAAGAAACCCGACAUUUCCAGCAUCUGGUACUAGACUGCACUUAAUACUGACUGCACGCUUCUGGAUAAAUACAUGUUGCACUUUCAGCACAAGACUAUAAACUAUAAAGGAACGUGAAAAUGACGACCCCCAACCCUCGUCGCUGUAACGUCCCAGACCGACGACCAAAGCAGUUCGUUUUUCGACACAUCUGACAUCUCCACCUGGGAUUUGCAGCCAUUUUUGAUUUCAUCCUGGGAAUAAAGACAGAGGAAAAGGAUACGGCUGAGUUACAGCUCCUUCAAAGCCAUAACCUGACCCGUGACCAUCACUGACAUCGUCACGUGGUGGUCAGAGAAAUCCCUUCAGUUUGGCCAGUGUGCUUUGAUAAAUCCAUGCCUUGUGUAUAUUUUAUCUAAUCUGUAAAGAAAAUAAAUUAAAUAAUACAUAGAAUUUUUAAAACAGGAAAUCUAUCAUUCUUAAACGGUUGGUUAUGCCUAGCUUAUGUUCCAGUGAUGAGAUUAAAAUUAGAACUUUGUUCUGAAUGUUCAGAAACAGCACACAUGCAGCUUAUUUGCCUGGUUAAUUAUG